UUCCAUUUAAGCCUCGACAUCUUUACCAGGUUAAAUGUUCAAAUUCAUUCAAUCUAAUAACAAGUCAUGAUAGGCCCGUGUUGCAUGACGAAUCACCUGCCAAUCUUUAAUCCAACAAAACUAUGCUAGAAGAAUAGGAUAUAAAGAUUGAUCAGUACAAAAAUCUCCCGUCUAUAUAGAUUAUAGGUUGGCCCUGGUUUGAUACCAAUUGUUAUAACCAAAAAUCUCAUUCAAAAAAACUAGCUAAAAAAUAUUAUUUAAAUUUUUGGGUUCUAUAUAAAUAUUAAAUAUCUACAUAGUACAUAGUCAAUAUAAAAUUAAACAUACAUAAGCAUGAUUUUUUUUAUAUUUUUAUAUUUUUUUGUUUAUUUUUAUAUGUAUGUGUUGAUUUUUGGUUCAGGCUAGUGCCAUGGCAAGUGGGGUCUGCCCUGUAAUUGCGAGCCAUUAAUUUCUCUUUCCUUGCCGCUGAAUUUUUCUACGAGCUGGGAAAGUUGUUGGAUUAUUGCAAUCCCGUUCUCACAUGUUCAGCUAGCGCUUAUAUUAAUUCCAUCUCGAUCUCUUGGUGUGUGUCGCCGGCGCUACAUGGGGUUCUCUUCUAGAAAGCAGAUACUUGAGAUCCCACCGACCCCGGCGACCGGUCCAAGUCUGCCGUGCGCUCGCGUGAUAACCCGCGUGGACCAACUGGUCGAAAAAGAAAGCGAAGCUUUGCACGGAACCGACGAGCUGACGGCGAUGGAGUCAGGCAUGGCCCAACCAACUAUUCCCAUCUUGUUGGACAUCUUACUCUUCUCCUUUUUCCUAAAUGUGAUUAAAAAAAGGAUUGUUGGACCCUUUCAACAAGUUGGAACGAGCAGAUCAUGCUCGAAGCUGUUCGCUCAUGAUUAUAAAUAAACGAUGCAUGAGGCGAUGCAGAAGAAACCGUGAGUGCCUGUUCUGAUUGAUCCUCCAGUCCAGAGCACAGGAUCGAUUUCACCAGAGAGACAGAAAGAGGGUGGUUUGUCAGGGGUGACCUGCAGAACACAAGAAGAGACAGACAGAAAUUAAGGGAGGAGAAGAAGAGAUGGGGAGCGGGAAGGGAGGAAAGGUGUCAUGGUCGGUUGCUGCCCUGAUGGUUGCACUUGUGGCAGCAAGCCUUGCUCUGGAGACAGCAGCCGCAACACAUGUGGUGGGGGGCUCAACCGGAUGGAUCAUCCCUCCCAACUCAAGCUUUUACUCUGAUUGGGCCUCCACACAAACCUUUGCGGUUGGUGACACCCUUGUGUUCAAUUUUCAGACCGGAUCGCACACUGUCGACAAAGUAACAAAGUCAGGCUACGAUGAUUGCUCAACUUCCAACCUGAUCGGCUCCGCCAUAACCACAAGCCCGGCCUCAGUUCCUCUCACUACCGCCGGCGACCACUACUUCAUUUGUGGAAUCCCUGGCCACUGCUCCGCCAGCCAGAAGUUGUCUGUCACUGUUGCCUCCUCCCCAACAGGCGCUUCCCCUCCCACAUCAGCUGCUGGUCCCUCGCCACCAGGCACCGAUGGAAGCAGUGCAGCCACAUCACUUCUUUCUGGUUUCAGGACCGCCGCAACCUUCUCCUUGGCAACUGCACUCGUGUUUGCUGCCUCCUUUUUCCUCCUCUAGAUUGGAUACAUAUAACACCAGGCGCCUCAUGCGUGCUUCUACUUUUCCCACAGCGAGAGGCAGAGAUUGCUGCCGCUAUAUGUAGCAUAUUGUUUUUAUUGAUCAUUUCUCUUUCUAUAGUUGCCCAUUCUUCUACUGUUAGCAUACAUGCAGACUUCGGGUCACAGUGCGAGAGAUAGCCCGAUACUUGUGUGUUAGUUUGAUUGACGCAGCCUGAUUCCUGAUAUCCGUGCAGUUUCAUAAUAGCGAAUAAUUCUGCCCAGUUACAUGGGUGUUCAUUGGUUUCCGUACAAAUAAGCUGGGACUUUAUGAUGAUUAUACUCUUAUGGUUUAACAUGUUCCAGUUAUUUUCGUUUCACUAUAUUUUACCAUUUUCUUACAAAACAUUAUCAUGACUGCAGGUGCUGUUAAAGGGUAGAAGUAAAAAAACACUAGCAUAUAAGUAAAACAGACACACCCCAUUACAUGAUUCUUUUCCUUUUUCAUUCCGUUAACAAAUCUCCUCCCGCUCAAAUCAUGGUCCAUGGACCUCGUCUUAAUGGAUGCUGGGCCCAAAUAAGGAGAGACCUGUUUAAGGUCCACUCCAUGCAUUGACAGCCCUUUACCCGUUCUACCAGAAAGUAAAAGAAAACCCUUUUCCCACACAAGCGGGUAUGGUCUGCCUACUCCUCGAAGGGCAAUAAAAAGUAUGGUGGAGAAAAACAAAAUAUAUUAAAGUGAGAAGUUCACAGAGAUUGAAAUAUUUGCUAGGCUCGUGCCUUCGAGAUGCAUGAUGUUGCAAGGAGGGCCUUUAGCUGGAGCCUCACACAACAGCAU